GCCGAGUUAGGCAGCGACCGAGAACCACCACCGCCACCUCGCCUCGCCUCGCCCACAAGCAAUCCCACCACACCGGCUCCAUUUUUCAACUUCGCCGCCCGCCCACGCAACAAGAAGAAACCAAGGCAGCCAGCAUGUGGGUGACGUCGAUGCCGCAGGUGUGGGACGAGGAGGCGAGGAGCCGCAAGGGCGACGACAUGAUGUCGCCGGCGCCCGCGGCCGCCAUGCUGGGGUCGCUGGCCGGCUGGCUGUCCCGCGCCGCCGACCCGCCCGCGCCCAAGCUCUGCGGCUCGCCGGGCGGGCCCCCGGUGACCGCGCCCCGGGUCACCCUGCGCGACGGGCGGCACCUGGCCUACUGCGAGAGCGGCGUUCCCAAGGAGCAGGCCCGCUUCAGGGUCGUCUUCUCCCACGGCUUCACCGGUUCCCGCGAGGACAGCGUCCGCGCCACCCAGGAAGUGGCUGAAGAGCUAGGCGUGUACAUGGUGGGUUUCGACCGUGCCGGAUAUGGCGAGAGUGACCCGAACCCUAACCGAUCUGUGAAAAGCGCAGCGCUCGACGUCGAGGAGCUUGCUGACGCACUAGGAUUAGGCCCUAAAUUCUACGUGAUCGGCAUCUCCCUUGGCUGCCAUGCUGUCUGGGGCGCCCUCAAGUACAUCCCUGAAAGGAUUGCUGGAGCUGCAAUGAUGGCUCCGGUGGUGAACUACUGGUGGCCGGGCUUCCCUGCGGAUCUCGCCGCGGAGGUGUACAAAAAGCAGGAGGUGGGCGACCAGUGGGCGCUGCGUGUGUCACAUUACGCCCCUGGCAUCCUCCACUGGUGGAUGGAUCAGAGCUGGCUGCCCACCUCCACCGUCGUGGCCGGCACCACGCCGCUCCCCAAUAAGCGCGACGCCGAGAUCCGCGCCAAGCUCAAGGCCGAUGGCACAUUCCAGCAGAAGAUGGAACUGGCAACACAGCAGGGCAUCCACGAGUCGUACUACCGCGACAUGAUGGUGAUGUUCGGCAAGUGGGAGUUCGACCCGAUGAGCCUGCCGAAGCCGCCUUGCCCCGUGCACAUCUGGCAGGGCGACGAGGACGGCCUGGUGCCCGUGGUGCUGCAGAGGCACAUCGUCAGCCGGCUCAGCUGGGUGAACUACCAUGAGCUCCCCGCGACCGGGCAUUUCCUGUCGCCGGUCCCCGGGCUAGGUGACACCGUUCUCCAGACCCUUUUCGGCAAUGCUAAGCAAUGAUCAGCAGCAACAACAGCAACAGCAGCUCUGAACAUACUACGUUGCUGAAGUAUAGCGUUCUUCGGGUGCAUUGUUUUAUUCUAAGGUGGUCAGGUUAUCGCUGAUUAGCGACGAUGUUAUAGGUGAAAUGGUGGUGUAACAUCAAGUGUUUUUUGUGGUGGAAAUCGCGCAGCCAGGAUGUGCGCGCAAAAUAUGUAAUUGAACCUUGGAAACGAGAAAGUAGUGGAACUACUAUACCAUGAUGAUCUUACCUUUUA